UUCAAUUUUCAAUUUGAUUUGCUUUGUGGUGUUGUGUUCGCAUUUUAAGUGAAAGAAAUUAAUAAAAAUCUCAGUUAGUGAUAAUAUAAUGUGUGAAAAUGGCCUCGGUAAAAGUGGCUGUAAGGGUGCGCCCAUUCAAUCAAAGAGAGCGGGAUAUGAACGCCAAAUUGAUUGUCCAAAUGGAAGGGAAGAAGACAAGACUGCUCACUGUCAAAAAUAGCAAAGAACAAAACGAUGGCAACCGGGAGAAGUUCAAGGACUUCACAUUCGAUCACUCCUACUGGUCCUACGACAGCGCGGAUGCGCAGUACGCUUCCCAAGAACAGGUGUUCGCAGACUUGGGCCUAGACGUGAUAGACAGCGCGUUCGAGGGCUACAACGCGUGCGUGUUCGCGUACGGACAGACCGGCAGCGGGAAGACGUUCACUAUGAUGGGAUCGCCGGAAUCCCAAGGCCUAAUACCCCGGAUAUGUCGCCAACUAUUCUCCCGAGUAGCUGCCGGGAAAGAGUCCGGGGCGUCCUAUCGCACCGAAGUCAGUUACCUGGAGAUAUACAACGAGAGGGUUAAGGACCUGCUGUCCACUGAUGCUGGACAUUCUCUCAGGGUCCGGGAGCAUCCAAAGCUGGGACCCUACGUGCAGGACCUGUCUAGACAUUUGGUGUCAGAUUAUGAUGAUAUCCAGGAGUGCAUGCAUCGCGGCAAUCUACAUCGGACGACGGCGUCGACGCAGAUGAACGACGUGUCGUCUCGCUCGCACGCCAUCUUCACCAUCACGUUUGUGCAGGCCAGCUAUCUACGCCACAACAACAUGCCCAGCGAGACCGUCUCCAAGGUGCACCUCGUCGACUUAGCCGGCAGUGAGAGAGCAGACGCAACUGGCGCCACAGGUCAGCGGCUGGUUGAAGGGGCACACAUUAACAAGUCUCUAGUGACGCUGGGAUCCGUCAUAUCAGCACUCGCUGAGGCUACACAGGUUGUUGACAGACUUCCACAAGGUCGAAAUCCAAAGAACACAAAGAAAGUUUUCAUCCCUUAUCGAGACUCAGUUCUAACGUGGUUGCUCAAAGAUUCGCUCGGUGGUAACUCGAAGACUAUUAUGAUCGCUGCGAUAUCUCCAGCGGACUGCAAUUACGGCGAGACGUUAUCGACGUUGCGGUACGCGAACCGCGCUAAGAACAUCAUCAACAAGCCCACCAUCAACGAAGAUCCCAACGUCAAACUUAUACGCGAGUUGCGAGAGGAGAUCGAGAAGCUGCGCGCACAAAUCUCGCACAACACGGAUCCAAUCGAAACAGAGCCAGCCGUCCUCGCAACACUCCAACGCAAAGAGGCCCAAGAAAAAGUCCUCACAGAAAAGUGGACAGAGAAAUGGAGGGAGACCCAGCAAAUCUUACAGGAACAAAAGGCUUUGGGGCUGAGGAAGAGUGGUUUGGGAGUUGUUCUGGACUCUGAUAUGCCACAUCUCGUGGGCAUUGAUGAUAACCUUUUGUCCACUGGAGUCACUUUGUAUCAUCUGAAGGAAGGCGAGACAUUGAUAGGGAGUGAAGAGUUCACUCCAACCCCGGACAUAGUCCUGACGGGUGCUGGGGUUCUGCCUUUACACUGUCGAGUGACCUUAAGAGAGGGGGUCGCUACCAUUACCCCAGCUUCCGGCGCGCAGUGCUGGCUGAAUACUGUGCUGCUUGACAAACCUGCCAAGCUAAGUCAGGGGUGUAUCCUCCUUCUGGGCCGUACGAAUAUGUUCCGCUACAAUGAUCCAGCGGAAGCCGCAAAAUUGAGACAGGAAGGAGCCUCAUCUAUGAACCUCUCUCGCCUGUCUCUGCUGUCCUGGUCCACCACAGACCUGGCUGCUAGCACUGAGAACCUCAAUACUACGCUAUCGGACCUGGAAAGUGAGAUCAGAUGCGAGCGCAUAGAAGCACAAAGAGCGGAGUUGGAGAGGGAAAGACAGCAGUUCGAGCUGCAGCAGGAAGAGCGGCAACGUCGCUGGCAUCAGGAGCGAGAGCAGCUGCUGCAAGCGCAGCGGCAGCUCGAUGAGGAGCGAUCAGCAAUGGAGAAAGAAUACGCGGCCGCUUGUAGACGUCUUUCGGGUGACUGGAGGGCCUUAGAGAGAGGGUGGACGUUGCGUCGCAGGGCGUUGCGCUGCAGACAACGGGAGCUGAGCGCGCGCGUCACCAGGCACGCGGCCGCCGUGCGUGACGUCAUCGACACUAUUGAGAAGGAGGAAACCCAGAUCGCGGACGUGCGGCGGCGGCUGGGGGGGAAACAGGACGAGCUUGAGCUCUUCGUGAGGGAGAAGAUUAAGGAACUGGUCGAGAGUGGCUGCCACGUUGAUGAGAGUCUGACGCCAAGCCCCGACAGUCCACAGUCCGAAACGUCAACGGAGAGCCUGAUGCAUCUUCUGCAGCAGUGCGAACCCAAUACUGCCAAGAGUAUCAAGGAAACUGUGGAGAGACAUAAAAAGGAGCUAGAGAGCUUGGAGCAAGAGCUGCAAGGGCGCGUGGCGAGCGUCGCGGCGCAUCGCGUGAAAAUAGAACGGUUGCAGCAGGAGCUGGCUGUGCUCGCGGCCAGGGAGCGUGGCAUUACGAGGGCGCUGGCUGAUGGAGAGGGGGAGAGUGAAAUGACUCCCACGGAGGGCGUGAAGCGCAGCAAGUCCGAGCUAGUAUUGCGUUGCCACACCGACGAUGUUCCCGAACCGCUGUCCGCGGACGAGAGGGAACACUUCCGCGCCAAGAGGCUCAGCCUCAGCCUCUCUCUAGACCCGCUCCCCUCCCCAAACUCCACUCUCAACACUCCCGACACUUUCCACACCGCGACCUCCUCCCCCAAGCUCCUCUCCUCCUCCUCAGUGCCCACCCCCUCCACCACGGAGACGUCAGCUCUGCCGACCGACCCCGCGCCCAUCCCGCAGUUCAGGUUGGGGGUGGCGCCCGAUGACAGCGAUGACAUGUCCAGCACAGAGGACUAUCACAAGCCUCGAAUAGUGGAGGGCCAGUCGUCAAGUUCUGUAGAGAGAUCGCCGGAGGAAAGACAACAGAGAACCAAAUAUAGAAGGCGAAUAGGUGAAAGCAAGAACAGAAGGCAAGUGACAGAAGCCGAGGCGCUGCGGGCGAUGCAGCGGCUGUGCUCGCGGAUAGCGUCGCAAAAGAUGCUCGUCAUAUCUUCGCUCGAGAACGACUGCUCCAAGGAGGAACUUAAUCGACAGAUUGCGGUGCUACAAGAACUCCAAAAGAAAUACGUUCGCCUAGAAAUGGCCCUCCAAUAUUCGUUCUUCGACAACCAGCCCAACAAACGCACAAUCAUGGUUACGCCCAUACAAGAGACGCCAUCUUUGACGCUCAGCGAGAGCGACAUGCAAGUGUCCAACGAGCCAGCGCCCGCAUCCGAAACGCACAACGGACAUUUUGAGGACCCCCUACUCAGCAGGUUAAAAGAAACCGAAGUAGAAGCGUCAGACAACGUUUCGACGUCCAACGACGAACUACCCUCAGAGAGAUCGUGGCCCGACCCCCUCCGCGCGCUGUGCCCGCCCCCCUCCCCGCACCGCACCGACCACGAACACGACUACGAUAACGUCCAUCAGAACCAUAGACACAGCGUGCAACAUCCGGAUUACGCCGCAGAAGGUCUCAUGCAUCCCAUAGACUUCGCGGAUGUAGUGAGCGUGCCGGGCUGGGUGACGCGCGGCGCGGGUGCGCGCACGCAUCACGAGUACGAGGUGCGAGUGCGUUUACCCAACGCGUCGUGGGCGCUGUUGCGGCGGUACCGACGCUUCCGGGACCUCUACCUCGCUGCCAGAGCUAGUUACGGGGAGAAGGUGGCAGCGAUCCCGUUCCCCGCUCGUACUCUAUGGUCAACAGAAGCGCUCGCUCGUUCUAGAAGACCUCAGUUGGAAACCUUCCUCAGAAGACUGCUGACCGUCUGUUCGUCAGACCGAAGAUGUCCACUGUACUCGUCGCCUCUCACCCGCGAGUCCCUCGUCGCCUUCUCGCCCUUCUUUAGAAAGGGCGUGUUCGAGAGCGGCAAGUGCGGCACGGGAUGAUGUCGCGCGGAGAUCGUGUCGCGUGCGCUGCGCAGGGACGCACUGCGCCUCGCGCGCCUGCUGCUCGCUGCGCUGCUGUUGCUGCUGCGAUGCGCUGCGCUGCUGCUGUUGCUGCUGCUCUGCCGGGCCACCAAACGGCGCAGGUAGGCCGACACUACGCCGCAUAACAGGGAGAGGACAUAUUACAGGACAUACAUGGGAGAGGACAUACAUGGGACUUUGUUGGGGAAUUAGCAGACAGUCCUGACAUUUCUGGACAUAUCUGCAGGAAAGUCAUAUCUGGGAUUGUACUUUAUUCUACCGUUUAAACUGUCUGUAACUGUUCUUAAAGCGGAUGCAAUUGUACAACACAUACAGGGAGACUAACUAACACUAAGGUCACAAUGAAAUUAUUGACUCUUUCGUUGAAGACUUUUUGGUACUGUCGAUGAUUUGGAUGAGAUCAACACGGAUGCCAGUAAUUUACAGGGGUAUCACAAUAGUGUCAAAACAGAGGCAGUUUAUAUGCUCUACUACCUCAGCACCAAGCGACGUAGGUAGGCCGUCUACGCCGCUUAGCAAAAAAUUGGUUGUCUGUAAAGUCGGUUUACUGACGAUAGUUGAACGUGACAACAA